ACUUCAUACCAUCUUUAUCAUUAUUUUUCUUGACAAACACUUUUACGUGAUAAACCUUCAGCUUCAACUUUGAUUAGUUGAUUUAUCAAUCAUCUCAAUAUAAUCAUAGCAUCAAUAAAGCUUCCUUAUUUCUCUAUAUGUUUCUGUUAAAAACGAUAACCUAUUUGAUCUAUCGCCACUAAGUCGACUGAUCCGUAGAGACGACAAAACGAUGAAACUUUAGUAUGAUGCCAAGUGUUAAUGAAAUAACCAUUUUCUCCAUACAUGCCUUCAUGCAUUUAGUAGAGUACUCACGUUCUUGAGAACCGUCUCUCAUUGCUGAAAGAGUACGUUGAAAAUAUAUUUCUAGAUAAAUGUGUCGUACUCGAUUUUGUUACUGCUCGAUAAGGUGAUAUCUGUUUCGAGGAGAUUCAAUCAUUGUAAAUCGUCUCAGUUUAGUGUAUUAGUCUUCUCGAACAAGCAAUAUAAGCAUCCGAGUGUCACCACCUUCGCCGCCAUGAGAGCUCUGCAUUAGACGACUUUGAAAAUGAGGAAAAAAUUUCAGGAACGAACCACCAGCAAGUCUCACAUGCUGGUCGCAUCCAGAACAACCUUUACAAUUUAGAAAGAGCGAAUAACCUUCAUUUUUUUAUUAUGCAACUAUGUUUUCUGAAUUUAAAAAAGCUAUACUUUUUUUAAUUUCACACAGUUAUUUUUUUUUUUUUUUUAAUUUCACACAGGUAUUGUUUUGUUUAUAAUAUGUUAUUGAUCCAUAUUUUUUCAAUUUUAUUUGUUAAAUUCUUAAAUCCAUAACUAUUACAACAUGAUAAGCGAAAUAAAAAAAAAUUAUUUUCCAAAGCUUCUUCUCAAAUGCAAACACCAUAUAACAAAUUUUAAUAUUAGUGCACCCAUUAUACCUUUAGUUCUAUCUAACUAUCGCUUAAAGUAUAUCUUAUGUUUUACAUAAUCAUAAUAUAUAAUUUUAACAUUAAUAUAGACAUCUUAUCCCGCGUAAAGCGCGGGUUACUAUCUAGUUUAAAGUUUUAUUCCCCAUAACAUCCUUAUCUCAGAUUUCCAGCACCUGUUAUUUUGUCCAACAUUGAAUGUUAACAACUCAAAGCCAUUUAAUGAACAUAAUAAAUGCUAAAAGUACAUCUGUAUGCUCAUAUUGGACCGCCACUAUAAAUACAUCCAAGAGUAAUCCAAUGAAAAUAAUGCUAUUUAUUACUACUAGUAUAUGUGUUUCAUAAUAUUAAAUGUUUUGUGAAACUGAGUGAGUAUUAAAAGUUGUAGUUAUUAAAUCGACCACUAACUAAAUGGUUGUACAGUAACUGAGUAAAUGACAAACUAGUUGGUACCUAAUACUUGAUCUUUUUUUUAAUAUAAGUCGUUUUAGAAAAAAAUUAUGUUCCAAAUUAUAUGACGUUUUUGAUUUUCUAUAUAAAAUUUAUUAGCACUUAAUGUUAUAUGAUCAAUUAUAAUAUAUCUUUUAUUUUAUUAUUGAUUGACUUGUGGUUAGGUAAAUAAUUAAUGAUGUUUUGUUUAGAAAAUAUAAAAAAAAUAAUGAUUUUCUUAAUCUAUAUACACAAAUUUAAAAUGAUUUAUAUUAAAAAAAUGGAGAGAGUAACUUUGUUUAAAAGUUCACAUGUCACUCAAAAGAGUUGUAGAAGGACAGUCUCAAUAAAUGGUCACGUGUACAUCUGUAUUUCAAUUGCUCUGUUGCAUGAAUAAGUAGAUCAAAUUAACUUGUCGUCUAACUUAUCUGACAUGCAUAUCCAUUUAAGAGGUGAGCAUCCGCAUCUGAAAGCUUUGUAGGGGAUUUUCUGUUUUACUGUUAAACUUCUCAAGUACCCAAAUACUAAAGAUUCAUGCGAAGAAGUUUAUUAGUUGGAGUAUAGACCACAAGACGUUUUGGUUCAGAUUGUAUUGUGACGGGAAGAUUCAUGUGAUAAUUUUACUGGGAGGUAUAUCGACGCAACGAGGUCCAAGAAAGGAGCUGCUAUGGAUAAGUUCUCUCACGUAUUAUGUCAUGAUUCAUUUGCUUUUAAAACCAAGUUUUUUGGAUCAUCAGAUCUUAGCCGCUGAAGUUGAAGAAAUGGGAGAUGGAGCUUUAAUCGUAGCGGUGGCGAUCAAAGGAAACAACAGCAAAACAAAAGGCGUUGUUCGAUGGGCACUUCAACAAUUCGCUUCUCAAGAACAUGUCGUCUUCAAACUCUUACAUGUCCAGCCAAGAGAUUCAAUUUCGGUUUCAACCGCAAGAAAAGAUUCAACCACUACGGUUUACAAGAAAGAUGUUGACAGGAAAACAAGAGAAAUGCUUCUUCCAAGCAGAGACAUGUUCGCUCAUAGAGAGGUACAAAUGGAUAUAAUGGUGCUUGAAUCAGAUGAUGUAGCAGAUGCCAUCUCUAAAGCGGUUCAAGAUCAUGGAAUCAGUGAGCUAGUCAUUGGAGCUUCCUCUUCUAUUAUCUUCUCAUGGAAGUUGAAGAGAAGCAACUUGUCUUCAAAGAUUUCAGAUGUUACACCAAGAUUCUGCACCGUUCACGUUAUCUCUAAAGGAAAGCUUCUCAAUGUUCGUAAAUCCGAUAUAGACAUUGAAACAAGCAUUACAGAUGAUAGAAGCGAAAACCAGUUCACUUCAAGUAGCCAUUCAGGGUCGGUAAGUUCAACAUCAAGUCAUCAGUUCUCAUCUACACCUUUACUCUUCCAAAGAAUGCAAGCACUUUCAACCGUUAACCAGAAGGUCGGCACAAAGAUUGGAACAAAUAACAAUAUUGAUACACACCAUAACAGAACUGCGUCCCUAGAUGUGGAUACAAAGAUGCUUAACCAGAAGGGCUUUUACCGAACAAACAGCUCGGGAAUCGGGUAUGGAGGAAGUGAUAUACAAGGCAGGAGAAGGUCUUAUACAGAUGAGGGUUCAAGCUCAAGUUGCUCCAGCGACCCUACUUCAUCUAGUAGCCAGGUGAAUAAAGACUUUGAGCUAGAGAAGCUGAAGAUUGAACUCCGCCAUAUUAAAGGAAUGUAUGCAGUUGCUCAAGGAGAAGUCAUGGAUGCUUCUAAAAAGGUUCAAGAUCUGAACCAGCGUAGGUCAGAGGAAGCAACGAGGCUCAAGAACUUAACGAUAAGAGAAGAAGACGCGGACGAAGUGGUGGAGAUGGAGAGGGAGAGACAAGAGCAGGCGGAAAACGAAGCUGAGCUCGUGAGAAGAUGCGUUGAGAGAGAAACUGAAGACAAACUUGAGGCGCAAGCAAGAGCUGAAGAGGUUAGAAAGGAGAAGCAGAGGCUAGAGGAUGCACUUGAAGGAGGGCCGCUUCAGCGCCAACAAUACAUGAAGUUUGAGUGGGAAGAGAUCGUUCAGGCCACAUCUUCUUUCUCAGAUGAACUUAAGAUUGGAAUGGGCGGGUACGGAAGCGUGUAUCGGUGUAACUUGCACCACACGACAGUAGCUGUCAAGGUUCUUCAUGCAGACAAAAGUAACUUAACCAAACAGUUUCACCAAGAGCUUGAGAUUCUUAGCAAGAUUCGCCACCCACACUUGCUUCUCCUCCUAGGCGCAUGUCCUGACCACGGCAGCUUAGUCUACGAGUAUAUGCACAACGGAAGCCUCGAGGAAAGACUCAUGACACGCAGACCAAACUCUGACGCACCACAACCGCCGUUACGGUGGUUUGAGCGGUUCAGAAUCGCUUGGGAGAUAGCUUCAGCUCUCUACUUUCUCCACACAAACGAGCCAAGACCAAUCGUUCACCGCGAUCUUAAACCGGCAAAUAUACUCCUAGACCGGAACAACGUGAGCAAAAUCGGAGACGUAGGCCUCUCCAAAAUGGUUAAUCUUGAUCCUUCGCAUGCCUCAACGGUUUUUAACCAAACCGGUCCGGUAGGAACGUUCUUCUACAUUGAUCCUGAGUACCAAAGAACCGGUGUGGUGACUCCAGAGUCCGAUAUCUACGCGUUUGGAAUCAUACUUCUUCAGCUAGCCACGGCUAGGUCAGCUAUGGGUUUGGCUCAUUCGUUAGAGAAAGCGUUGAGAGAUCAAACCGGGAAAUUUUCAGAGAUCUUGGAUAAGACUGCUGGUGAUUGGCCGGUUAAGGAAGCUAAAGAGAUGGUUAUGAUAGGUCUUAGAUGUGCAGAGAUGAGGAAGCGUGACCGUCCUGAUCUAGGGAAAGAGAUUCUACCGGUUCUUGAACGAUUAAAUGACGUUGCUUGUAACGCAAGAAACAUGUUUGCUGAAACCCUAAUUGACCAUAACCACCACGCUCCGGGCCAUUUCUACUGUCCAAUAACUAAGGAUGUGAUGGAUAAUCCAUGUGUUGCUUCUGAUGGAUACACAUACGAGAAGAAAGCCAUUAUGGAAUGGCUUGAGAAGAAUCAUAAAUCUCCAAUGACGGAUGCGCCCUUCCCCAACCAAACUCUUCUUCCUAAUCAGUCUCUUCUUUCUGCUAUUAAGGAAUGGAGAUCACAUCUAAUUAAAUAGAAAAAAGGUUACAAGUUACAAUUCUAAACUCGUCAAUUAACAUGCAUCAUUGUGUUUUCCUUUUCCUCACCACUCUUGUGCACACAUACACACACGACUACACGAGUAGAUAAAUGUUGAUUUUAUACAUAUUGAAACUAUUUGAGUUUUGUACGUAAAAUUAAUAACCUUGUUUGACAAAAAAAAUAAAAUAGUGAUCUUAUAUAAUUAAACAUUUGCUUGGCUC